AUGACGCCUCUGGCCUUGCCUUUCCUCCUUGGGGUUCUGGCUUGGACCUUCCGUCCGUCUUUGGUUGCAACUUCACCGAAGAUGAUGGCCAUCCCUGAGGAGCUGCAGGAGGCUGUGGGGAGAGUGAUUAUCAAUACCACCACCUGCAGUGUCACCUGCGGCUUGGGCUACAAGGAGGAGACCGUCUGCGAGGUGGGCCCUGACGGAGUGAGACGCAAGUGCAAGACACAACGCCUGCAGUGCCUGACCAGCUGGAUCUGUGGGAUGCUGCAUUUCACCCUGCUCACCGGGAGGCGCUUUCAGCUGAGCUGUGUGAGUGCUGCUGACAUCCUGGAGGACGGCCAGGAGGUGUACCGCUUCACCUGGAGGCUCGCUCGGGGCAUCAUCUCCACCGAGGACGAGGUCUUCAGGCCCCUCCGCGUCAGCUCCUACUCUGUGAGAUUCUACUCUCUGCGGGAGUAUGACUCUGGCACCUACCGCUGUGACGUGCAACUCUUAAGAAACUUGAAACUGGUCAAGAGGCUCUACUUUGGGCUGAGGGUUCUGCCCCGGCACUUGGUGGACCUAAAUUUUCAUCGAUCCCUUACCGAGAAUCAGAAGUUAAUAGACGAGGGUCUAGAAGUGAACCUGGACAACUUUUCCAGGCCUUCCCGGCCCCCGUGGAAGCGGAAAGUGGCUGUUGCCGUGGGCCUAGGUGUCCCCAUCGGUGUGGCUGUGGGCGUGUUGCUGAUCUUGACCCUCUGCAGGUGGCUCAGAAGCAGCGAGGACCUGGGGUCUGGCCAGCCCGGGACCUGA